AUGCCCAACCGGGCAGCGAUGCGCGCCCCUGCAGAUUUCGAAGAGUUGAAUUCUGCCUCUGAUGUCGACAAUGCACCUGAGGUCGAAUCCGAGUCGGAGUCGGAUUACCUGGACAGUUCUGGAGCAAGAAAACGACGACGAACAGCAUCUGCAGACGAUGGCGGCGAUUCACUGGACCUUGACCAAGCCGAAGAUGAAGAUGACAGUGAAGAUGACGAGAAACACUUCCAGACAGUACUUUCAACCAUCAAGGCACCAUCCCGAAUAAAACGAAAAACAGAUCAUACCCAAGUUGGAGAGACCAUGAUCCAACCGCAGAAUCCAAUUCUCGCACCAACCGACCCAAACACGAGCUUCUCUAGUCUCAACGUUCGGCCAUGGCUCGUACAGUCGCUCGCGAACAUGGCUAUUAAACGACCCACGGGUAUUCAAAAGGGCUGCAUUCCUGAAAUUCUGAAAGGUCGAGACUGCAUUGGUGGCAGCAGAACCGGUUCCGGAAAGACAGUCGCCUUUGCUGUUCCCAUAUUGCAAAAGUGGGCAGAAGACCCUAGUGCUAUAUUCGGGGUUGUUCUGACGCCUACUCGAGAACUGGCACUUCAAAUAUAUGAGCAGUUCAAGGCCAUUUCAUCUCCACAGAGUUUGAAAGCUAUCCUAGUCACCGGUGGCUCAGACAUGCGAGCUCAAGCCAUUGCGAUGGCACAGCGACCGCACGUUAUUAUUGCUACUCCUGGCCGAUUGGCAGAUCAUAUUCGAACCUCUGGAGAGGACACUAUAUGCGGGCUGCGGCGGGUCCGUUUUGUUGUUCUCGACGAAGCUGAUCGGUUGCUUCAUGCUGCCGGACCUGGUAGUAUGCUGCCUGAUGUUGAGGAGUGCUUGUCCGUUCUUCCUCCUGCGGCGGAGCGGCAAACUCUCUUGUUCACGGCAACGAUCACGCCUGAGGUACGGGCACUCAAGACUAUGCCACAAAAACCAGGAAAACAACCCGUCUUUGUAUGCGAGGUGGAUACCCAGAUGCUUGCUAUUCCGGCUACCCUACAUCAAACUCAUAUUCAGAUCCCCAUCACCCACAAGGAGCAUUACCUGCAUGUUUUCCUCCUCACUGAAGCAAACAAGGACAAGACCAUCAUCAUCUUCUGCAACAGAACGGCUACCGCAGACUAUCUACACCAUCUCCUCCGACUUCUUGACCAUCGCGUUACCUCUUUACACUCCAAGCUUCCCCAAAGACAACGAAUUGACAACCUCGCUCGAUUCCGUGCAUCUGCUGCGCGUAUUCUUGUAGCCACGGAUGUUGCUGCACGAGGUCUGGAUAUCCCUGAAGUGAGUCUUGUUGUCAACUACGAUAUCCCGAGGGACCCGGACGACUACAUCCACAGAGUUGGCCGUACUGCUCGUGCCGGACGCACGGGGGAGUCAGCCACGUUUGUAGGACAACGAGAUGUAGAGCUGGUGUUGGCCAUUGAGAACCGAGUUGGUAGGCAGAUGGAUGCCUGGGAGGAGGAAGGUGUGAACCUGGAAACUAGAGUUAUUCGUGAUGCGCUCAAGGUCGUGAGUGAGAAGAAGAGAGAGGCGCUGCUCGAGGUUGAAGAGGGCAAAGAGGUUGGGGGCAAGCGAAAGAGAGCGAAGAUGAAGCUCCGAGCUGAGUAA